AUGCACAGCGUCUUCUCCGCCGACGACUUCACCGACCCCUUCUGGCAGGCUACGACGCCGGCGCCAGAAAUCAACCGAAAUCAAUCCGAGUGGGACCUGGAGAGGUUCCUCCAGGAAUUCCCUUCCUCGGGUCCCUCCUCCGCCAGCAACAGCACGACCACAGUGCCGUCGCAAUCGCCCACGCCGCCGCCGCCAACUACAAAGCCGGACAAUUGCGACAGCGAUGUGAUGGAGAUCAGGCAGCAGCCCCCGCAGCUCCAUCCUCAACCUCACCAUCUUCCUCAGCCGCUGGAUCACGCUCCCAUGGCUACAAUCGAUUCGGAAGAGUACCGGGCUUUUCUCAAGUCUCAGCUCGAUCUGGCUUGCGCCGCCGUGGCUAUGACCAGGACAACGGCUGUGAAGCCUCCUGAUUUUUCUCCUUCGCCUGAGAAUCAAGUUCCAGCUCCAUCUGCUAACAAUUUUCACUUGGGAUCACAACUUCCGGAUGAUGUUGAGCCACAGGUUAAAAUCCAGGGUGCAUGUUUGAGCAAGUCAAUGGCACAGAAUGAGGCUGACCAUGGGUCACCUGGGAUUCCGUCGUUACCCACAAUACGAAAGAAACAAGAACUGCAAACUAAACAAACAACCAGUGGCUCUUCAAGAGAUGAUUCAGACGAUGAUGAUCUUGAAGGCGACACUGGAACCAAUGGAGGUCCUACUGAUGUGAAGCGCAUAAGGAGGAUGAAGUCAAACCGAGAAUCAGCUAGACGCUCCCGAAGAAGAAAACAAGAGCAACUCAGUGAACUUGAAACACAGGUAGGUCAGCUCAGGGAUGAACGCACUACUCUUUUGUCGAGACUCACUGAUGUGAAUCACAAGUGUGAUGAAGCCUCUGUUGACAACAGGGUCUUGAAGGCUAAUAUCGAAACAUUAAGGGCAAAGGUGAAGAUGGCUGAAGAACAGGUGAAGCGGGUGACAGGUUUGAACCCAUUGCUUCUGGCAAGGUCGAAUGCGGUAGUACCUAACAUGGGGAUGCAGCAAUACCCUGGCGGGGGCCAAGCAGACAUGGAUACGAACCAGUCCAUCCAUCGACCACUUCCAAAUAUGACUCCAGCUACACACAUGCAACCAAUAAAGAACAGCAGCUUUGCCAAUAAAUACAGUGUCGGUUCCGUACCCGUCCCAGGUCCCCAUGCUCUGAACGGAAUUACCAACAUUGAUGGAAAUGGAUUGAACUCAACUUUGAUGCCGCACAUGCAGAAGCAAAUUGGUCCAGGUAUUGAGCAACGGCCAGCCUUGCCAGCGGCAAACACCUCUGGACUUCCCCAUCUUGGAGUGGCCAAAGUUGACAAAAAGAAAUGA